AGCCACCUCACCUACCUUCUUCCCGCUGGCCGCUAACCUUUAUGUGUAUGCUUGCUUUUAUGCUGCUAUGCUAACUUAAAUACAUGAAAAUAAUUUAGUUUUUUGCCUCUUGUGCCAAAUAUUUAGGAUCCCCGGAAAUAAAUUUUUAAAAAUGAUUUCAAAUUUAAUCUUUCUGUUGUUGUUUAAAACUUUUAUUGUACAAGCAAUUAUGUUUCAUGGGGUUCCAAAUGGACAGAAGUGUUUAAGAGAAGAGGUUAGACAAAACGUUCUGAUUGUUGGAGAGAUUGAAGUAGAACAGCAGCCUAAUCAAAAGGUUGACUACGUGGUGACUGACUCCAAAGGCCACAUUCUUGCCCAAAAUCAUGAUAUUGGGAAGUCAAAGUUUACAUUUGUCACAGAAAACUACGACACUUUCGAAAUCUGCUUCACGACUAAAGUACCAUUUCAACAAAGCUAUGUUGCGCAAGAAAUAACUUUACACAUCAAGAGGGGAGUUGAAGCCAAGAAUUAUGAACUUAUUGGAGAAGCGGCUAAGCUGAAACCUAUGGAAGUUGAGUUGAAGAGACUUGAAGAUUUAUCAACAUCUAUUGUCCAAGAUUUCGUUUUGAUGAGGAAGCGAGAAGUGGAAAUGAGAGACACCAAUGAAUCAACUAACAACCGAGUCCUGUACUUCAGCAUAUUCAGUAUGUGCUGUUUACUCAGUCUGGCUACCUGGCAAGUGCUUUACCUAAGAAGAUUUUUCAAAGCAAAGAAACUCAUAGAGUGAAGUGAAAUUAUUGACACUGACAAGUGUGUAUAUAUACAAGUUUUGACUAUUUCUUCUUUUAAUUUUACAGCACCUUUUAAAUUAAUUUAAAUUAGACAUAUUUAAGAUAUGUGCUUGAUUUUGAAUAGGUGUACUGUGAAUCCUGUAUGUGUGUUUAAUGUAAUAAUGAAGUGGAUUACAUUCUUUUUGGAUACAAUGUAUCAUACAUGGUA